AUGAACGGAUAUACACUACUGUUCUUUUGCUGCUUAUUGGUUGGUAGUUUAGCAGAAGAACAGAAAAAGAAGAAUGAAAAGAGAGGAGUCCUAGGAGGCGGAGUAUUAGGUUCAGGUCUAUAUGGUGGAAGUUAUGGAUAUGGCGGGGGAUAUGGAUACGGAUCAGGACUAGGACUUGGAUACGGAUCAGGAGUUGGCAUCUCGAGUAUAGGUUCAGGCAUUGGUGUUUCCGGCAUUGGCUCUGGAAUUGGCAUCGGUUCAGGAAUAGGCUUGAAUUCUGGUAUUGGUCUGGGUUCUGGAUCUGGUUUGGGUUCAGGCAUUGGUUUGGGUUCUGGACUUGGUUUGGGUUCUGGAUUAGGUUUGGGUUCUGGACUUGGUUUGGGUUCUGGAUUAGGUUUGGGUUCUGGACUUGGGUACGGUGGAGGAGUCAGACACGUUACCAGUGUUCAUCCAGUGCCUCAUCCUGUGAGUGUACCUGUGGACCGUCCAGUUCCUGUUCCAGUUUCUCACCCAGUUCCAGUUCCAGUCGAUAGGCCAGUACCUGUUCCAGUCAGCCGCCCUAUUCCUGUCCCUGUAGAAAGGCCUUAUCCCGUACCAAUCGAAAGGCCUGUACCUGUUCCAGUUCCGCAUCCAGUUUCAGUUCCAGUAUCUAGACCCUUUCCUGUUCCAGUACCAUCUCCUGUUCCAGUACCUGUAGUCACUAACGUUCCUGUUCCAGUAUCACAGCCUGUGCCUGUUUCAGUUGGUGCCACACCUAUCGCUGUUGGUUCCGGCAUUGGCAUUGGUUCCGGUAUCGGACAUGGCUCUGGCAUCGGUCUUGGUUCCGGCAUUGGUCUUGGAUCCGGCUAUGGACUCGGCUCCGGCUAUGGUCUCGGCUCCGGCUAUGGUUUAGGAUCUGGAAUCAUCUCUGGCGGUGGUCAGUACAGCAGCGGGCUAUAUGGCAGUAGUGUCGGUUCUGGACUAUACGCAGGCGGUUUCAGCUCUGGACUAUACGGAAGUUCUCAUGGUCUGGGCAGUUCUUUCCUUGCUCACAAAGCCGCCGCUCAUGCAGCUCUAGGACAUUAA